UCAUUCCAUUUGAUGUAACAAAUUCUUUUAUAAUUUUGAUUCUCAUUCAAUCACAUUUUUCCGUUUUAGAGAAUUUUAUUUUAGUUAUUAAUUUAAUAAACUUAACCAAAUCACAUAAUGUUGAUCAAAGUCAAAACUCUAACUGGAAAAGAAAUAGAAAUUGAUAUUGAACCUACGGACAGAGUGGAAAGAAUCAAAGAAAGGGUCGAAGAAAAAGAAGGUAUUCCGCCUCAGCAACAGAGGUUGAUUUUUUCUGGAAAACAAAUGAAUGAUGAAAAGACUGCUCAAGAUUAUAAAGUGCAAGGAGGAUCUGUAUUACAUUUGGUAUUAGCAUUAAGAGGAGGUAUUUGCCGAUCUACAUGAUGAUUUGUAAAAGCAAUUAUUCUUAUAUCAAACAUUUUUUUUUCAACUAUUUUAUUUAUUUCCAUUAAUAUUUAACUAAAUUCAAAAAAAAAUGAAUAAAUAAAAAUAUUUACUAUAACCAAUUAUCAACAGUUUGUUCUUUAAAUAUGAUUAAGAUAACCAUUUAUUCAGUCACUGCCAAACUAGAAAAACAUUUUUUGACCAUAUUUAUAUUAUUGUCAUUCAUAAUUAUAUCCUAAAACUUGAUUUUGAUUCAAAUCAAUCAAAGAAUGUUGUAUUUAAUGCAAAUUAAUAUUAUAUGAUAAAAAAUAAAUCUAUAUAAUACGUUAAUAUGACUUAUUGUGUGUCAGUGGCGCAACCAGGGGGGUGGUCUCCGGGUCUGGACCCUCCCCCCCUUGGUA